AGGAGAGAGGAAGGAGAUUCCACGUCAUUUGAGGUGUGUUGUACGACUGAGCAAUGGCUUGAAUUGGGAUUCUUGGAAUACAGAAGAGUCUCACGUGAAAUAUGUCUACUACCUCUGCGGGUUCCUGCGCGUUCAGUGUUAGUACAUAGACACGACUGAAUAUCUUUGCCCUUGCUAUCUUUGCUCCUGAUAAAGAACUGGAAUUCUGCUGAAGACUCUGACUCCUCUAGAACCUUGAUGGGGGAAUCAGGGCAGCGGCGCUCCACCCUCGUCUCCCGGCUCCCCAUAUUCCGGCGGAGUGCCAACAAGAGGCAGGAGUCGCUCCCGUCCUCGCCCUCGUCCGGUGGCGUAGGCAAUGGAGUCCACACGUCGUCCCCGUCCAGCACCAACUCCAGCUCCAGUAGCACGGGCAAGCGGCGCAGUCUCUUUCGCACACCCUCUAUCAGCUUCCACAGCAAACGGAGUAGCGAGUCACGCAAGGAUCCGGCGCAGCUCUCUCUGGACGGCUGCGGCCAGGCAUCCGAGGUAGCCCUGUGCCAAGAUGGCAGCAGCAGUGGCCAGACCAAGACGCGGCACUUUGGGUUCGGUGGGCACCGGAACAAGAAAAUCACGCGCUCGCAGACAGAGGACUUCGACAAGGCCACCUCCACCAAUAACAACCGCAACGUGUUCACCAACUGCAUCAGCUCGGGGACGACCGAGGGGGACGACUCAGGCUUCCUGGACGACGUGAGCAGCAAGCGCUCCUCCAAGCACAAGAAGCAGCUGCUGCCCAAAUCCUUCUCGGCCCACCACCGGUUCUCCAGGAACCAUGCCCCGGAGCCCGUCCCCGUCCCGCUGAGUAAGCCCCCGGAGGGGACCUGUGGCCUGGGCACGCCGGGCUCCUGGCCUGGGGAGCUGGGGGUGGAGAGCUCCCUACAGUCGCCCAUGCUCUCGGAGGACCGCACCACCGCCAUUACCCCUUCCGAAUUCGUCCAUGUCACGGAGGACUCAGUUUCAGAGGUGGACGCCCUGCCGCCCCCGAGCCCCGCCGCUCCCCUGGACCCACCAGCUGAGAGCGUCCUGCCUGCUCUUGUCCCUACCUCACAGGUGUUCUACACGCCCUCAGAACCUGCUGCCGAGAAGCCAUCACUGCCAGACGCCAACGCCAGCACCACCAGCACCGCUCCAACCCAAUGCGAGAGCAUCAUCGCAGCCACCAACACCGCAGCCUCCAACAUCGCAGCCACCAACAUCGCAGCCACCAACACCGUAGCCACCAACACCGCAACCACCAACGCAGCUGCCGCCAGUAACCCCACCGUCGGUACCACCACCACCGACACCACGACGGCUACCAACGGCGCUGCCGCCACCGCCGGCACCACCGACACCACCACGGCCAAAGCCGAGCCCCCCCAGAUGCAGACGGAACCUCAGCCUGACCUGUCGGAGAUCAGCGAAAGCGAUCCGGCCCUGGAGCUGAGCGAGGAGGGGAGCUCCAACCCCGAGCCCAGAGAGAGGAGGCCCAAAAACACUCUCCUCAUGCAGGAGUCCCGGAAAACCAGCCGGCUGGAGACCAGGCAGGGCCACCUGAGGAAACCAAACACAGUGUCCGCAUGCAGCAGCGUGAGCCCCUACCAUGAAGUCAUGCGUCUGGAGCGGCGCCUGCGCUCUGCCUCGGAGGGCGCGGGCGAAUCCGGCGGGGGAUGCGGCCGCCGGCUGCACCUCAGCCUCAAAGAGCCGCACAGCUGCGCCCUGGAGGGCUACACCCUGCAGAAGAAGCGCACCAAUUCCACCUCCUCCAAGCUGGGCAGCCUGGAUGUCCUGAACAACCUAGGUUCAUCUGAGCUUGAUGAGGAUGAUCUCAUGCUGGACCUGGAUCUGUCGGAUGACCAGCGCCACAGACAUGCGUCUCGGGAGGACUCCAGUCACUCGCUGGCCUCCUGCCUCAACCUGAUGCACUCUCCCAUGGAGCCUUGCUCUGAUCGCCUGCCUGGACUUGAGCCCAGAGAUCUCACCCACAGGGAGCUGAGGUCCCUGUCUCUGCUGGGUCGUGAGGACGAGCUGCCGGGGCUGGAGGCUCUGCCCCUGAGGCUCAUGCAGCAGGACUGCACCGCCGUCAAGACCCUGCUGCUGCGCCUGCGCCGCACACUGCAAGAGAGCACUGACACAAGUCCAGCCAGUAGCCUCCACUCCCUACCCAUAAGCCCCUGCAGUGAGAAGUCACUCCCCUUCAAGGACCCUGUGAGGGAGGAGGUCCAGGCGGCAGCGGCCCUGCAGCAGCAGCUGAAGGAGAAGGAUGAGCUGAUCCUGAGACUCCAGGCCGAACUGGAGAGCAUCCAGGCUGCCCAGAACCCUCUUUGCCAAAAAGCUGACAGGUCCACGCAGACAGACUCGGCUGUGCCAGAGGCUCCACAUCCAGGUCGAGCCCCCGGCCAAAGCAGCAGCAGCAGCCACAGCAUCAGCAUCAGCGGCAGCCAAAGGGAGCGAAGGGCCCUCCGCCCUCCCAUCGCAGACCUAUAUAGCCGCCCCCCGCCAACGGUCGCCUGCGACCCCCCUUGCUGUCCCAGUGGAGGGAGCAGCAGAGAGGGACCUCCCCCGCCUGCCCGAAGAGGGACCUUUAGCGACUCGACAACCCAGUCUGCGGCCGACACCGACAGACCCCCGCGAAAGUGGGACCAUCCUUCAGCCAGUCAGAUCCCGCGCUCUGUGGUAGGCAGCAGUACCAGCCUGCCGGGACGUGGCAGCCCCUCGCGCAGCCUGUCGUCGGACAGCGAGAGGGGCCCGCGGAGCGAGAGGGGACCCCUGCUGCACCCCACCACCUCCUCUUCCGCGUUCGCGGGGCGUCUGGGGCAGCCCCCCCGCGGGCCCCUCUCACUGCACAUGUACAGCCGCAAGAACGUCUUCCUGCAGCAUUCCCUCCACACAUCCGAGCUGCAGGCUCUGGCACAGCACGACGGCUGAGACACGCACGCACACACACACACACACACACACACACACACACACACACACACACACACACACAGGUGUACAUAUGCCAUCUUAUGCACACACACAGAGACACAGACACACACACACAAAUACCUGCCCAGUCAUGUGAAAAGACAGAACAAACAAACAUGGAAAUAUACCUCUGUACUUCAACAAGUACACUCACAAAGUCAUACACAUGAGUUUACAUACUACAGCCAUGGGAAUCUGUACACAUCCACCCACACACAAAACUGGGAAACCUAGCUUUUCUAUAUAUGACAGUACACACACACAUACACACACACAGAUAGGUUCACUGCAGGCCUACACAGAGCAAUACACACACAUAGAUAUCCACCUGCAAUACAGAGAUACACACUACUAUUACUUAUUAAGUGACCAGGAACUUAAAGCCUUUCAUGCCCCAACACUUAUGACCUUUCUUUGGCUGCUCAUAUGAUGCACACAGAUCCCUACAUAAGCCCCACAUCUCUCGAAGGUCUGAAAUCUCUCACCCUCAGGAUCUCACUCUUUCAACUCUCUGACCUGUACAAAGACCCUGGGGAUCCUGUACAGACAAAAAGGCACCAGUUACAACUUGUUGAUGCACAGACACACACACACACACACACAUUCACACACUCACACACACACACCUAGUGCAAAAGAGCCAAGCUGUGCCAGGGCUCCAGUCCUGCUGUGUCUCGAUCAUAUCGAGCUCCUUGACGAUAAAAAAAAACCAGAGUGACAGAGCCGCUUUAUUUUGAUACUCGUGCCAUUGUGCGUUCCCAAACGAACGGCAGUCUCUCAUCUUGACAUUCACACUGGAGUCUCUUCAACACGCCAUUGUCUGGCUGUCAGGCCUGACAGACCGGGGUGUGAAGAAUCUCAGCGGAGGGCCGCAGAUUCAAUACAGAGCAUCUGAGCCCACACGCCGCCUGCCUGAGCGACGCACACGCACACACACACACACACACACACAUGCGAAGCUGAAGACAUGUAUACAACAUGGCUGUGUGACACCAGCCCUGUCAAGUUUUCUUUUGCGCUCAAAAUGACUCAUCACACACACUCUCACACACAUCUUCUCGCAGCCAGCGACACGAUUUGCCAAAUCUUAUGUCUUACGAAGACCAUGAACUCUUCCGGUUGAGUUACCGACGCGAUCCCUUUUAAGGGGAGUGAACUCUCAUUAACCUUCGCUAAUUGCAUGCUUUUUAAAUGGCAAAUAAAGAUCGACGGAGAGCCUUUUUUUGCACAGUGACUGCAGGCUAAAAUAGCUUUUACAGUGUUUUAAAUAAGCCACAGCAGUGAAAUGUGCUAUGAUUCACGCCGCUUUUUGGAUACAAGUUAGCAUGAUUCAUUGGAUUUGAAACACAAUCACGCCAUGGGAGACUUGGACCACUUUUGCUGUACCGUAUCUUAUGUAAGGGUCAGGCACAGCUUGGAGACGAACUGUGUAAUAAAGUAGAUGAUGUAUCUCAGUUUGAUCAACAGAAACAUCUUGAGGCCUGGGAGUGAGGUGGAAGUAUCCAAAUCAAACGGAAAGUGAAUUUAAAGAUUAGACGAAUAACAUGUACAAUAUGUACAUAUAUUACAGGAACAGACAUGACUGCCACUCAUGAGCGAUUUCUGGAACUCUUGGACGCACUGGCCAGAUCCUUUUUUUUUCCAAGAGAUGGCGAGAGGGGGAGAAUGCUGUCCUCUUUUUUUUUGCCACAGAGAGAGAGUGGUGAGGAGGAGCGGAAGCAAGGACGCUUAGAGGUGAAGGAAGCCCUGAAGAAACGCAGUCCCAUCCACCAGGUCUUCUCCCCGAGGUCCGCUGCUCCACUUUCCCAAUCUGUUGGGAGCAGGCAGCCCAGCUUCGUUCAGCCUACUUCCAAAAAGCCCUGCAUGGUCGAGCCCCACCGAGAGCGGCUCGCAGCAGCCAAAACCGCAAUCUUACCGUCACACGCUCCGCUACUGCGAUCAGCCGCAUCUACUGGGAAGGAAGGAUAGGAGCAGGGGGUUCGGAGGCAGGCGGGGGAGGGAGGGAUGGAGGGAGAAAUGCUGACUGACGUGAAGACGAGUGACCUCGUGUUAAAAAGCAGAUGUGUUUUGUUGCAAACAUCCACUUCCACGUGACUUGCCAUGAUCGGCCAUGAUCAUUGCGACAUUCUCGGCAUUGCUGUUAGUAUUCCGACUGUAAACGGGAGUAUUGAAUUUUUGGGAUGCAUGUCUGAAAUGGCAAAUAUUCCUGCAACUCUACUGCCAUGUAGCCAGUGUAAGACAAUCCAUCCACCCCCACUCACACACACACACGCACACACACUGAUACAAACCCUCAAUUUCCCCUGUGCUUUCUCUUCAUUAAUUUAAUAGCUUCACCUGAAAAGCCAGCAUUGAUUUGAGAAAUGGAUGGAGACUCUCUGAAUAUGUUUGGACAGUGCAACAGACACACAGGACUGUGAUCCCAAAACUAGGGAUCUCUCAUUCGAAAUGUGUGAUAGAAAUAGAACAUAUCCCAAUCAAGUCACUUAUGUGUUCAAAGACAUUUCUAAACAAAUACAAUUUAUAAAUAGAGAUUAGCUAUUUAUUUUGAGCCUUAUUUAUUAUAUGGUGUUAUGUGAAGUGUAAUCACUUUUUUGCCUUUUUUCUGGCACUUUGUAUGAAAAUCAUGGAAAUGACUUACCUUUAUCCAAAAGCUGGCAUAUUGGUAUAUAUUUUAUAUAGGUGAGUGCCUGUUUAUAUCAGUAAGUUCUUGCAUAUGUCAUGCUUACAUUUCUCAAUGUGAACAGGGCUCACCUAUGACUGAAACUUUUAAAAGGGAUUAAAUAAGUAAUAUGUGAAUAAAAUUUAAAUAGAAUUUAUCACCAUCUUUUCCUCCUUAAGGCAGUUUUACUGAUUAUUGAUGAUUUUCACUGUGUGAUUCACUUUAUUAAAGAUCUGUGCAAAACAAAA